AUGUUGGCUUCUGUCAUCCUACUGUGGUUCUUUGUUUUUAGUCUUCUUCUUCUUUUCAAAUGCAGGAGACCCAAAAACUUCCCACCCGGACCCUGGGCACUGCCAAUACUGGGAAACCUGCACCAUAUCAAUUUAAAAAACCCAAUCAAGAGCUUUGAACAGCUGAGAAGAACUUAUGGAAAUGUCUACAGUUUGUUUAUUGGCUUCCAACCCGCUGUCAUCUUAAAUGGUGUGCAGGCCAUGAAGGAGGCAAUGGUGACAAAGGCGACCGAUUUUGCUGGACGACCCAAAGACCUCUUUAUCAAUGAGGUUGGCCAGAAAAAAGGUGUCAUUCUGGUUGACUAUGGCCCAGUUUGGAAGGAACAUCGUCGCUUUGCCCUGAUGACCCUGAGGAACUUCGGUCUAGGGAAGCAGUCCAUGGAGGAAAGGAUUCUGGGAGAGAUACAAUAUAUAAUGACUACGCUGGAGAACAACAAUGGUAAAACCUUCUGGCCUCGAGUUAUGUUUCAUAAUGCAGCCUCCAACAUCAUCUGUCAGAUUCUGUUUAAUACCCGUUACAACUACGACGAUAAGCUGAUCAACGUUAUCAUUCACUGCUUUGUAGAGAAUUCUAAAAUAAUCAAUGGACCCUGGUCUCUGGUGUACGAUUCUUUUCCUGUGGUUCGUAAGCUGCCUCUGCCCUUCCGGAAGGCCUUAAAGAAUGUUGAGACAUGUAAAAAAAUUAUAAAGGAUUUGGUAAAAGAGCACAAGGUGACCAGAAUCCCAGGAAAACCACGAGACUUGAUUGAUUGCUACCUGGACGAAAUGGACAAGAGAUGUGAUGGCGACUCCUCAUUUUCAGAAGAACAACUCUUCAUAUAUUUAAUAGAUCUUCACUUUGCUGGGACGGACACGACCUCCAACACACUGCUCACUGCUUUCCUCUACCUUAUGACUUACCCACAUGUACAAGAACGCUGUCAGCAGGAGAUCGACCGGGUGUUGGCAGGGAAGGAACAAGCCAGUUUUGAUGACAGAGGCAACAUGCCUUAUGUGCAGGCUGUGCUGCAUGAAGCACUGAGGCUUUCCAACACUGUUCCUCUGUCCGUCUUCCACAGUACCACUAAAGACACCAACCUCAUGGGGUAUUCCAUCCCAAAGGGAACACUGAUCAUCCAGAACAUGUACUCAGUGCUGAAUGAAGAGGGACAGUGGAAAUUCCCAAAUGAAUUCCAUCCUGAAAACUUCCUCAACGAGCAGGGAGAGUUUGUUAAGCCAGAAGCCUUCAUGCCGUUCUCUGCAGGUCCUCGGAUGUGUCUUGGAGAGGGUCUGGCUCGUAUGGAGCUUUUCCUCGUCAUGGUGACUCUGCUCAGGAAGUUCAAGUUCAUCUGGCCUGAGGAUGGAGGAAAGCCGGACUACACUCCAGUCUAUGGGGUCACUCAGACUCCCAAACCGUACCGCAUGAAGGUCCAGCUCAGGACCACACCGUGAGACUGAGUUCAAAACAUUUUCC